AUGUCUGUCUUCACCCAAACCCAACAGGAGCUGAGCACCGAUGUUCUCGAGUCUCCUCGCUACCAGAAUCUUGAGGUCUGUCUCCAGCGCUACCUUACUUGGCUAUCCCGCCAUGAAAUCGGCCUAGCACUGACUCUAGAAACAAGUCUACUCGAUGGAGCUGUUCGAGUUUACCAAAGACUCGACCGUCUAGUCAACUGCUGUCCAUACGAAUUGUCUCUCGAUGACUACGCGUACCUUCAAGAGCAGCUGGUCGAAAUCACUGUCUUUUGUCGUCGCGUUUCUUCGUAUGUCAACGCUCGCAGACUCCGCACGUUCAACGAGUUUGCUACCCUGACAGGAUACCCCGUCUCGCGAUUAAAGGAGGCCUGGGGUCUACGCCGCUUCCGACCCUCAGCUGAAGAUCUCUGCGAAGUAGUAACAAAAUGGAGCUGGGAAAGAAUAGCACAAGAUAGAUUGCGUGCCGAAAUGGCUUGGCGCUGUGGCCAUACCAAUCAGCGUCCAGCAUAUCUUUACUUGAUGCCAUGCAGACAAGUCGAAAUCGACGGAAUCCUGGACUAUCUAAAUGUCGGUCCGCCCACCUCAACGCUGGCUUCGACCACUUUGUCGUCGUCCACUUCCUCUUCAUACACUUCACCUCCAUCCACUUCAGCGUCGACCACAACAACAACAUCAUCAACACUGUUGUCAUCCACAUCAUCAACAUCGUCGUCGACCACAUCACCAGCAACAUCGUCGUCGCAGUCGACAACCACAAUCUCGCGCGACUUGGAGACUUUGUCUGACAUGGCCAGAAAACCUGAGGAGUCAUAG